GGCCUCGGCUUCACGACGCUGCAUCCGGACUUCGCCGCCAGGGGCAUCCAGGUGCUGGGCGUGUCUCCGAGCAGCCCCGAGGAGAACCGGAAGUUCCGGGAGGAGUACGGCCUCCCGUUCCCGCUGCUCUCCGACGCGAGGCAGAGCAUACCCCGGGCGCUGGGCGUGAGCGGCCGCUGGGGCGCGCUGCUGCACCCCCUCCGAGAGGGCGGCAGGAAGGUCGCCAUGUUCUGGCCCAGCGUGAACCCCGCCGAGUUCGCGAGGAACGCGCUCCGCCUGAUAGACCGCAACUUCCCCGACAGGGUCCCCGAGGAGGACCGGCCACGCAACGCGGAGGCAGAGCGAGUGGCGCCGGCCGCAGCGAGGUGCGGUGGCGGAUGGCGGAUCAUCGACAGGCAGACCCAGCUAGACGCAGGUGCAGGCCUCUGCGAGAGGGGGGUCGGCCUCGCGAGAUCCCCCUCGCAGGUGUCUCCCGAGGAGUGCGAAUGGUCCGUGCGCGACCUAUUCGCGGGAGAAGAUGCCGUGAUCCCAAGCGUGGUCGGCGACCUCUUGUUGGCGGAUGGCGGCGCCGACUUGGAAUUCUCGCCCGAGGACAGGCAGCAGGCGGAGGCGCUGGUGGAAUCUGUUCGUUGCUCAAGCAAGCCGUGGAGCAGGCAGAAAAGGCAAAAGCUGACCACGCUGCCCCACCCGAAAGUUUCAAAGCGAAGCGGCAGGGAGUCGACCCUCCUGCUGGCGGCGCAGCGUCAGUUGCUGGCGGUGAUGACGCAGGGCCUACUGCCGGAGCUCACGCCGCCCCCGAGCCAGGCCAGCAGGCAGCCGCGAGCGCCGCGCCAGCCGGCCCGCCAGCCGCUGAGCCAGGCCCAGACUGUUCAAUCUCAGUGGAUCCAGCAGGUAGUCGCUGGCGGGGAAGGCCGAGCGGUACUUUUUGGUGAAUCUCUCGGGCUGGCGAGUGGCGCAGCCCUCAGUCAGGCGGCGCAGCUGGUAGCUGAGGCGCGUCUUUCCGAGGUCGCCGCUGCCGUUGAGUCGGCGGUGGUCGAGUUUUGGUUACUGACCGGUAUCUUUUCAGUGACCUCCUUUUCCACCUUGGCCACUGAGACGGCCGAGUACAAGGCUCUGCUACAGGCGCCGGGUCUGGAUGGCAUGCUGAACAUUGCCCUGCAUGCGCGGAGAGGCGUCGUCGCAAGCGGCCCCUUCGCCGCGAUGCUUAUUCAGGGGUUUGCCCACUGGUCCUGUUUGGACUUCUCUACCGGAUCCCGCAGCAGAUCGGGCGUGCCCUCGCGGGGCCGCGUGCUCGCUGUCUGCGCGAACCUCGGCGCGGGCGACAGGGCCGGCGAGAUGGGGCGCCGCGGCGGCUUGAAGGCCGCGUCCAACGUUCGGCGGCGCAAUGCUCGAGUGAGGGCGAAGAGUCGAGUGUGCUUCGACGUGGUCCUCAAACAUCCGGCAUCUAAGAGGUACUCGCCCCUGCAGAAGGCCAUAUUGAGGAGCGCACCUCGAUUCGCAAGGACUAUGCGGGCCAUGUCGCGCAAGCUAGGCAGUGUGCGGAGUGCCCACGGGGCGCCCGCGCCCGGUGCAGCUGCUGCGGACGUGUUCGCGCUCUGCACUCGUGUUGUGCCGAGGAUGGCGGCGGGGGGCCUCUCGUUGCUCCGGGUCCUCUUCUCGCAGGUCCCGGCGCCACGCCCGCCGGCCGGGAGCAGCAGCCAGCCCGCGGCCCCUCCGCGCGCCCGGGCGGGCGGCCCGCUGCGGGCGAUGGCCGGCGAGGGCGACGCCUCCGCGGGGGCCACCGGGCUGGAGGUGUCGGCGCGCAUGCUUCUAAUUAGCGGAGCGGUGCUCCGGUACGGGCAGUUCUUUCUGUCCAACCUGCGGGCGCCGCGCCACCUGUUCAAGCAGGAGGGCGCCUCCGCCCAGGACCCCCUGGCGACGCCUCCCGGAGGCGGGGGGGUGGCGCCGGCGGCGCCCGCGGCGCACGCGGCGCCGCGGGUCUUUCCCGCGCCCCUGGGGCCCGUGGUGCCCGCCGCGCCCGCGGCCUACAAGGGCACCGCUGCCACCGCAGCGCUGGCGGCGCAGCGCGCGGCUGCAGCCGCGACGGCUCGCGAGGCCCAGCCGGAGGAGGAGGAGAAGGCGGGGCUGCGCCUGGGCCCAGCGCCGCGCCAGGAGCGCGACUCGCCCCUCCCUCCCGCGCCCGGGCCGGCGCCGCAGCCUCCGGCGAGCUGCCCGAGCCCGCCGCCACCACGGCGGCGCCGCCCGCGCCGGCCCUCUCGCUGCCGCUGCCCUCCAGGCCCAAGCCGGAGCUGCACGCCGGCGCCUCCCAGCGUCCCGACGGCGCCCUCCGCGAGCCGAGGAGCCCUCCGCCGGCGCCGGACAGCGUCCAGCGGACCCCGUCGCAGAGCUCCAGGCCCCUCUCCGGGCAGCCGAUGCGCUUCCGGGUGCAGGUCCCGAAGAGGUACCCAGGCGUGCACUUCCGCUCGUCCAUGA